UCCCACCUAAUAAAACAUUUAAAUUUAAAUGGAAAUGAAAAUAAUAUGAGAGGAACGUAUCUACACACGCGACGUUUUUUCAUCAGUCCUUGAAGACACGUGGCGCGGGCUUAUUGCUUCGUGGAAUUAGGGUGAGGGUGAACCAAAAAAAAUUGUUGGGUCGCGAUAUUUUUCCUCUCCAUCUCUCUUUCUUUACGCUCUCUCUCUCUCGAAGGCGAUUUGAUUCUUCCUGGUGAUUUCUCUGAAAAUUGGGUGAAGCAAAGGCUAAUCUGCCGUCAAUCGGUUGCAAUAGGAAGAGUUUCCUUAGCCACACGUAAAGGAAGCCUCACAUAAAGAUAAAUCACAGAACAAGUAGCAAACAAUCUCCCUGUCAAAGGUAAAGUAUCCGAUGGGCCAAGACUACAGCUACUCUCAGCCUGAUUCCUCAGAUGAGUAUGAUAGAUAUUCGCAGGACACUGAGGAGAGGGAAGUAGAAGCUUUGAUUCGGAUGGAUGAGGCUGAGAGUAACUUACUCAACACUCAGGCGACUCUAUACCCUCCCCAACCUGAGGUUGAAUUCGGAUUCCCCAAGGUAUGUUACUGUGGUGGUCAGCCUAUUCUAUCCUCAAACGAGAACAGAAGGUUCUUCACAUGUGGGAAUGUUGAUGAUGGCGAUAUGCAUAUCCACAAGUGGUGGGAUGCAGCAGUCAUGGAGGAGAUAAGUGAGAUGAACAGACAACGUGAACUGCUGACGGAGAAGGUAGAUAGCAUCACAUUCGCGUGUGACUACGACUCACACAUCCGUAAUGAAACUGAGCAGAAAAUAGCCCAGUUAGAGAAGAUAGUGUUUGAGCAAGGGAAGAGCAGAAAUAAGUUUAGAUAUUAA